AUGAAAAGCUUGGUUCUGAAUCCUCCGGAAAGAGCAAUUCGUUACAAACUGGUGAUACGAGCUAUCGCGAUCAUUGUGUGCCUCGCCUUCUGGAAUAUAGUCGAUUAUAAUAUACAUGCGCUUGAAGAGGCAUCGCUACAAAGGAUCUAUGAGGAAGAUCCGCCAAACUACUAUUACUUUGACGAGCCCGUUCAGGAAAUGUUUAUUGAUGAAGAAAUAACCGAUACAGAAGAGCUGAUAAAUCUAAAGUAUUGCGGCUCUUCUAAAUGUCGGUUUUUAUUCCCGGUUUUACUGAGGGAGCAAGAAUCCAGGGCGCGAAUACACAUGAUACGCAUAAUGUUGAUGGCGCGAAAAACCAAUCGAGUAUUAGUCUUGCCUAAUGUCGGGGGGUCAAGAUUAGGCGCAUGCAAACUUUUUUCAUUCGAUUAUUAUUACUCUAUCGACACUAAAAAGUUUCCGGACUUUAAGUUUAUUACCCAAAGUCAAUUUUUGUCGUGGAACCAGGAAAUGAGAGAAAUAAAUGCGAAAAUGCCUACCGCAAAGGCUGUCUACUUAGACAGUAGUUACAAGAUCAAAAAAGAGCAGAUCAAGUCUGAGAAAUUGAAUCUCGAAAAGUACAAAAUCGACAACUGCAUGCAACCGUUCUAUUUGGAUUACGAAGACAAAGCUCGCACCAUACUGAUAAGAAAAACGUUCAAUGACCGAGAUGCGAUCGCGCGGUUUGUUAUCGAUGGUCUUCGAUCGGUUCAGUCAGAUGUCUUGCUAAUGAAUUACAGUUUCCCCAGAUUUAAUUACCCAAAUCUUCAACGAGAGAUGCCUCCACUCAACUAUGCAAACUAUCUUAUUGAGCAGGCAAAGAAUGCUGCAUCGUCAAUACGCCCAUACGUCGGCAUUCAUUGGCGGAUGGAGUCGGCAAAGGCGAAAAAUCUAGUCAAUUGCUCCGUCAGUCUUGUGGAAUAUAUAAAACGAGUUAAACAAGAGCAUAAAAUAAAGAACGUGUAUAUCGCUACGGAUUAUCCUCUUGAUGGUGGUGAUAACUCUCAUUCAGACACAUUCGCAACACUUACAGAGAAUCAUCACAAAGCAGCAAAUAUAUUGAAUAACAGUCUCGACUUCUAUACAUGGAUGCGCCUCGAUUCUUCUCCAUCAGCUUUUGCCGGCUCUUCUAAGAGAUGGGAUCAUGAAGACUCUGGAAUAUUAGGAACACUCGAUAAGUUGAUGUUAGUGUACGCUGAUUGGUUUGUUAGUGGCCCAGGUGGGUGUGCAAGAGUACAGAGUUCGUACACUGCCCAAGUAGUAAAAGAAAGAAAGCGACAUGUGACUACAAUUGGACAAUCAACAGACAACUUGCUGAACAUUAAAGAUAUAUGGUAG